AUGAACAACGAUACAAAAAAUAUACAAGGUUCUUCUCGUGUUGAGGAUGAAGAUGAGCCCGAUGAAUGGGACAAGAGGAUCAACAAGACUGGUUGUGCAGAGGAAAACCUGGCUUUAACAUUAUGUCAUGCGGACAAAAAAGAUUGGCGUCUAUGUCUUCCAGAGAUGGAAGCUUUUAAAAAAUGCUGGGCAGAACAUAACAACAAUCAAAGAACAUCCACUUUGGAUGCUAAAAAUUAA